AUGGCCCUCGUCAGCCCCAACCUCAAGGUGAGCGAUUCCCUCAGUCGGAUGCUUCUCUGCGUGGUUGUGAGGAUAAUCUCGGUUGCAGUAACACCUUGUGGGAAAUUAUGCUACAGGAUGGCUCAAGUUAGGUUAACGUCCCGUACAGAAAACCUGAUGCAGUCGUUAGUAUCUUUCAGUGACUUCUCUGUUUCAGUGUGUACUGAAGAGAAUAGUCUGAUAAAGCUACAGGUCCAUGUAUCUGGCACAAUAACAGAUUCCAUCUUCAAGAAAGUUUUCACAAAGAAUGUUGCCGCCGCACAACCCCUUCCUGGUUUUCGACGAAUGAAAGGAGGGAAAACUCCAGACAUACCGAAAGAAGUCGCUCUACACUUAAUUGGGCCAUCAAAAGUGAAGAAAGAAACCAUAAUGAAAAUUAUAAAUAGCACGGUUGUUGAGUAUGUUCGAAAGGAGGGCCUGACUGCAUCAAAGAAUCUGAGUGUUCAGCAUAGCUACGAAGAACUUGAAGCAGCAUUUGAGCCAGGGAAAGAAUUAUGCUUUGGCGCGACAGUUCGUUUAGACUAAGCUUGCCACUAGGAUUGAUCACCAGCCUCCUCCAAUAUUGUGAUCUCAUUAGUAGUUGUUAAGAAAUGUUUGUCACAUGAAGCAGAAUUGUGUAAAAUAUCAUGA